GCUGACUUCCAGAAUUCUACCUCAAAACAAGCUACCCAGAUGAUUAAGAGAAGGCAAAAAUCUGCGAGCUGCAGUAGCAGGUUCCGAACGUCGUACACGUGCAGGGCGGCUUGUCCCCUGACAUUGAACAGAUGUGGUUUUCGAGCAGCCUGCGCACAAACAGUUUGUCCAAAGCCAGUAGUAAACAGUCAGCCCUGAAGCUGACUGUUCGAAAAGGAGAUGUCGGUCUUUGGGACUCACGACUCCUGAAGCCUAUUGAGACGACAUCAGUCUCACCGUGACGACUGAUGUGCGCCCGGUAACCCCGUGCUGAGCCAAAGCCAAACAACAGCUGCUUGACUGCAAGUCUCCCCCAUCCAUCUCAGGCUUUCCCCCUCUCUCCAACCCCAACCGUUUCGCUUUGUUGGGUGGAGCGAAAUGGCGGAGAUGUCCAGCAAGGAGACUGAGAAGCCAGAAUUUCUGGUGAGGGAGAAAUCGGCCACCAUUGAUGAGAUGAUCCAGGCUUGCAUCAAUGAAUUUGAUGAUAAGGGGAGGUUGAAGAACAAGUUGCUUCCUCACAUGUUCCUGAUGAUGCACCAGUGGUAUCUGCCAUCGACUGAGCUGGUGGGAAGACUCCUCACACUAUACCGUGAUGCGUGCAGCUCCAAUGUGAAGAGCCUUCAGCUUAAAAUCUGCGAACUGGUCAGGUUCUGGAUCGCGGAGUUCCCUGCUGAGUUUAACCUGGACAGCGAGCUGGCCGCACAGAUGAAGGAGCUUCAGGAGACGGUGUACAGGGCCGGAGACCGGAGGCACAGCCAACUGGUUGAUAUCUCCCAGGUACCCUCCUUCGAGUGGAAGAGGCAGAUCACGCAACGGAACAAUGUCACCCAGAAACGCAGGAAGAUGUCCCUCCUGUUCGAUCACCUCGGGCCACUGGAGCUGGCGGAGCACCUCACCUACCUGGAAUACAAAUCUUUUUGCCGCAUCCUGUUCCGCGACUACCACAGCUUUGCAAAACAUGGCUGCACAAAGGACAACCCCAUUCUGGAGCGGUUCAUCAGUCUCUUCAACAGUGUCUCCCAGUGGGUGCAGAUGAUGGUACUGAGCAUGCACACCCCCCAGCAGAGGGCAGAGGUCAUCACCAAAUUCAUACAUGUCGCCCAGAGACUCCUACAGCUACGGAACUACAACACCCUGAUGGCUGUGAUUGGAGGGUUGAGUCACAGCGCUAUUUCCCGCCUGAAGGAGACAUAUCAUUACGUCAGCCCUGAUGUCAUCAAGAUUUCGGACAGCCUGACGGAGCUGGUGACGACCUGCGGGAACUACAGUAACUACCGCAAGUGCUUUUCUGAGUCCUCGGGUUUCAAGUUCCCCAUUCUGGGCGUGCACCUCAAGGACCUGCUGGCCGUCCACCUGGCCCUCCCGGAUUGGCUGGAGGAGGGCCGCCUCAAUGUGGUGAAGAUGCAGCAGCUGUACUCCAUCCUCAACGAUCUCAUCCGUAUCCAGUCCACCGCGCCCCCCAUCGAGCCCAGCAUGGACCUGGUCAACCUGCUGACGGUCUCCCUGGACCAGUUCCACACCGACGAUGAGAUUUACAAACUGUCCUUGUCACGGGAACCUCGCACAUCCAAAUCUGCGCCCUCGAGCCCAACGCCCCCCAAAUCUCCCGUCAUUGAGGAAUGGGCCUCCGCUGUCAAGCCCAAAACAGACCCAGAGCUCAUCAACAAGCACAUCCACAAAAUGGUGGAGAGUGUGUUCCGAAAUUUUGACAUUGACCAUGAUGGCUACAUCUCCCAGAAGGAGUUCAGCAUCAUAUCAUCCAACUUUCCUUAUCUCGACAGAUUCAGUAUCCUUGAUGAAAAUAAUGACGGACAGAUCAGUAGAGACGAGAUGAUCGCCUAUUUCAUGCAGGCAAACUCUCUGCUAAACAGCAAGAUGGGAUUCAUUCACAACUUUGCAGAGACGACCUACCUAAAGCCCACCUACUGCGAACAUUGCAAGAACUUCAUUUGGGGUCUGUAUAAACAAGGCUACAAGUGCAGAGCCUGUGGGAUUAGCUGCCACAAACAGUGCAAGAGCCUGUUGGUGGUCGAGUGUCGGAAACGCACCAAGAGUAUCUGCCUGGACAGUCCAAACCCCACCCUCAGGAGGUCCUUCAGCUUCCCCGUCACCAACCCCAGCCCUGAAUCUUCCAAUACAGUGACUGAGGAGAAAGUCGAAGACCUGGAGGAUGAUGUGCAAGAUAUCCAUCUCUGAACUACAGCCCACAACCGGCUCCAGCCCUGACGGGUAUCGAGGUGGCAUCGCUGACCAUCUCCCAUGCUCAACGUUGGCCAUGCCCCUCUCCUGCUCCCUGAGCGACAUUCCGUCUUUGGCUGGGAUUCGGGGAGCGGGUGCGACCGACACUGAGCCAUCGAUGGUGGGCCGGAGUGGAGGGUGGACUGGACACACCGACAAUGCCAGGGGAGGGGAUCGCGCUUCCUGAGCCUCCGGUCGGAACCAACUGGAUUCGCCUGUCUGCCCUUACCUAACUCCUGUUCACAUUUCUCUGCUGCUAAUUGUCACCCUCUGCCUGUUUAGGGGUGGGAGUUGGAGGUGGGUGUGGGGAAGAGGGGUGCCAGGGAGGAAGGGUGGACUUGGAGAUGGUGCGGGAAGCCUCCAGAUUGGCCAACUCGCCUUCGUUUGGAACUCGUUGGAGUGUUGAGUUGCAGGCUUGCGAAUCACCACGCCAUUCCUGGGGCUUGAGAAUUGGCCUGCAUGAUUAGAUCACCCAGUUUGCGCUGUCGCUCCAGCGUUGAGGUGAAAUAUUCCAACAGGGCCGCACUCUCUAUAGUCAGCAAGUCCCUUCAUUCUUCAAUGUUGAGAAUGAUUGGCUUCAGGGAUCCUGCCUUGCCUUGGGCCUCUCACUGCACACAGCCCUGGCUUAGAAUCAAACUGUCCUCCAACAGAAGGCCACCCCCCUCCUGCAUCAUCCAUGAUGGAAGACUCCCCCUCGUCCUCCAGCUUAAUUUAAAUGUGACCCCUCCUCAGUCACUUUUUCAUGAACAAUCACAUCCUGAUCUUCAUUGCCCCGAUCAUAAGUUGUCCAGUCUCUGCAUUCCCAGCAUCCCUCAUCCAUCCGAAUCCUCUCCAAGGCCUUUGGCUUCCUUCCGAAAGAACUGGGAGCGCAGGGGAGCGUAGACACUCAACAUUUCUGCGCCUCUCCACCCCGUUCAUUUUCACUUGAUGUCGGCCAUUUAGUUUGGUCUCCUUUAACCUGAGAUGUGGAGCUCGUGGUGCGGGCCUGACGUUUGUCGCGAAGGGACAAUCUUUGAGCUUCAGGAGCCUUCCCUGACUUCUGUCGCCAUCGUUCUGGAGCUUGUCGGUGUACAUUUUCUUCCUGAUCCCCUCGGGGAGGGCGUGCUACGAAGCAGAAUCCAGCUUCAGACAGCAUCCGUUGUACGAUCCCUCCAGCCCUCGGCGGCUGGCCCGGGGCGUUUGAUCGGGCCUUGUCGAUGAGUUUUAAUAAAGUGUCG